AUGGUGAAGGAGGGGGCGGGGCGGCGCUGGUCCUGGGUCCCCGAGUGGGGGGAGGGGCUGGGGAGGGGCCGCUGUGUGCAGGAGCCGGAGACAGAGACUGGGGGUGUGCCAAGGCUGACGCGGGAGAGGGACCCAGGCCCCACGUGCGGGGUCAGAGACAAGGGCCAGACAGAGCUGAGGGGCCGCGUGCCUGCAACCAAGUGUGGAAGGGGCUUCAGGGGGGUCUGUGGGGGCCGGCAGAGCGUGGCGCAUGCAGGCAGUGGAAGCUGCUGA